AUGGGCGUUCCCCUCGCGCUGCUCGUCGCGUCGCUCAACCCGCACCUCUGGUCGCUCGCCCUCUCCGCGGCCGCGUCGCGCCACGGCGGAGCGGCGCUGCUGCCGCUCUUGCUGUUCACGCACGCCGUCGCGCUGCUCCUCAAUUACGCGGCUGCGCGCAUCGUCGACGUCACUGGUGCCACCGUUCCUCAGUUUCCGCGCGCCCUCCGCCGCCUGCUGCCGCUCCUCUGCGCCGCCUCCAUAGUCGCGCUCGACGUCGCCGCGCUCUGGGCCUCCCCCACGGCGCUGCAGCUGCUGGCGGGGCUCGCGCUCAAGCCCGCGCUGCUGCUCUCCGCCCUCUCCGGCCUCGCCGCCAUCGCCGCCCCUCCCAGCAAGGCUCAGCAGCUGGUGUCGCUGUGCGUCAGCCUGCUGCUGCUCCUCCUCCUCUCCUGCGCGCUGCACUGCCUCUCCGCCCUUAGCUCCCUCGGCCCCGCCGUUUUCAUCCCGCCUCGCCUCCCCCUUCCCCUCGUCGCGCCCGCCGCGCUUCUCCCCUCCGCGGAGUGCGCGUGGAUCGGCGCGGCGCUGCUGGGCGCGUGUCUGCUGCCGCACACCUUCCUCCUGCUCGCCUGGCAGGCAUCGUUUGCUGCUACUGCGCUCCAGUAUCUCGGCUCUCUCUACCCUCUUGCUCAUCAUGCCUUCUCCUCGUCCCAUCUGCCCCUGCCUGCCCGCGCGCAGGAAGAGGCCGACUCGGAAGAGCGCAAGCCAGAGAAGCAGGGGGCGGGCGCAAGGUGCACAGGGGGGCGGCGGUGGCGGCGGUGGGGGGAGCUGCUGCUGCCACAGUCGCUGGCUCUGGCGGCGGCGGUGCUGCUGGUGCUGGGCGCUGCUGCUGGGGCGAUGAGGACGGGGGAGGGCGAGGAGGACGAGACAGACACACCGUCCGUGCUGUCACUGCAGGACGGCCACUGCCUCCUUGUGCAGGUGUCACCUGACACCCCCCCUUCUCUUACGCCCGUCUGCCCUCCCUCCCGUCCCACGGCCCCACCCCUGCAGCUGCUGACGGCCAAGGCAGCGCCGGGGCUCUUUGCGCUCGUGCUGCUGGCAGCAGCGCACCUCCUCGCGCCCUCCACCACCCUCGCCGCACAGCUCGCCCUCUCCGCCUUCGCCUUCCCUCCUCCCCCCGCCUCCUCCGCUUCCCCUUCCUCCCCACCUCCGCGCCACCCCUCCCCCUACCUCGCCUUUGCAGCCACCCGCCUCGCCUCCCUCCUCCUCACGCUCCUCCCCGCGCUCCUCCUAGGGGAUUCCUUCGCCCUCCACUUGAUCCAAUCCGCGCCUCUCGCCCUCGCGCCCCUGCUUCCCUUGGCCGCCGCGCCUCUCAUCCGCCUGGCGGCUUCCCCCGACGUCAUGGGCCCCUGCCGCCUCCCCCCCGCCCUGCGCCUGCUCGCCUGCCUCGCCUGCUGCGCCCUCUCCGCGCUCUCCCUCGCGCACCUGGCCUCCGCCCUGCCCGCGCUGCUGCAGGGCUAUGCGGGGGAGAUGGAGGGCAUGGGGCUGUGGGAGUGGCUGGCGGGGGGGGCGUGGGCGGGGGAGGCGGGGGAGGAGGGCGGAGGGGGGCUGGCAGUGGCGCUGGCGCCAGGGGCUGUGUGGCAUGGGCUGGCGCAGGUGGGGGCGGUGGUGGGGGGGAGUGUGGGGGUGGCAGCGGCGGUGGGAGCGCUGGUGUGGGUGAUGAGGGUACCGCUGCGGUCGGAGGGAGCGGGGGAGGGGGAAGAGGAGGGGGAGGGGGAGGGGGAGGGGGAGGGGGAGGGGGAGGGGGAUGGUGUUCUGGAUGAAGGCAUGGGGGAGGAGGAGGCUGUUAUGGGCGAGGGAAUGGAGGGUUGGAUGUAUGGCGGAGAGGAGGUGGUGGGAGAGGAGAGGGAUGGGGAUGAUGUGAUGUGGCAGCAACAAUGGGUGGAGGAAGAGGGGGAGGGGGGGUUGCGGUGGGGGGAGGAGGUGAUGUGUGACGAAGGUGAGGAGGGGUGGGAGGGGACGCAGCAGUGGGCGGCAGAGAAGGAAUCAGCAGCAAUGGCAGCAGUGAGAGCUGUGACCGCCUGUGCACCUCCGGUUGCUGCCCCUGCUGUAGAGGCGAAAGCGGCCGCAUCACUGCCCGACCAGGAGGAGGAGGAGCAGAAGGAGCAGAAGGAGCAGGAGGAGGAGGCAAGGGUCGACGCUCGCACAGCAGCGGGUGGGGGGCCAGCAGAUGCCCCUGACGCCAGCACAGGGGGCGCUGAGCAGGGCGGCGCAGCAGAGUGCAGGGAGGGGGCGAUUGGCAUGGGAGCGGAGGUGGUGGGUGCGGGUCAGAGUGGGAAGGAGGAGGUGGAGGUGGAGGUGGAGGUGGAGGAGGAGGAGAAACAGAUGGUGGCGGUGCGGCAACGAGGGGAAGAGGUGGUGGGGGAGGAGGGGAGCAAGGGGGCGGGUGCAGGGGAGCAGAAGGGGGAGAUGGCAGCAGUAGGGCCGUUGCCAGACGAUCCAUUCAAUUCCGCAACCAGCCCUGCCAAGCCCUCGUGCAGACACCCACCAGAGGCAACUCCCAACCCCUCCUCUCAGCCCUGCAGCCCGGAGAGUGGCUCUCCGUCUGCCUGCAAGAGUGGCAAGGGUUUCUCGGGAAAGAGUGGCAGUGGCAGUCUGUCGCGCGUGUGUGGGCUGGGGCGAGGGGCGCGCAGGCAGGUGGCCGCCAUUCUGGACGACUUCUGGGCGGCGAUCUUCGACCUGCAUGGCCAUGCUGUGGCAGUGGAGGGGUGGGGGCAGGGCGUGGGGGAGGUGAGGGCGCAGGGUGUGUUGGGGGCAGCAGGGCAGGGUGGCACAGGGAGGGCAGCAGGAGGAGCAUCGCAGGGUGGCAUGGGCUUGCCUGUGGACUGUUACGCGUCGAAGCAGGCAUCCCUCCCUGAUUUCCAUGGCUCGCAUCUGUUGUCAGCUAGUGCCAAGCCCUUCUCCCCGUCCUUCACACCCACCUUCUCACCUUCCGCUUCCGUGCUAGGCAGCAGCGUCAACAACAGAAUGAGCAUGGGUGCAGGCAUGAGUGCAGGCAUGGGUGCAGGGAUGGGCAUGGAUGCAGGAAUGGGCAUGAGCCAGGGGGCACAGAGCACAGCAGUGGCGGAGGGGAUGUGCAGGGGAGCGGGAGGGGCCACAGGGGGUGCGCUGCUGGGCGGGGUGGGUGGUGCAGGGCAGGUGUGGCAGGUGGAGGGACCCAGCCGCUCCACGCCCAACCUGCGGGGUGACCUGCUGGGGGGACUCAGCCUCAGGGCACAUUCUCCCUCGCUGCUCGGGAUUGGUGGGCUGGCAGGGCAGUGCCACGGCCUGCUUGACCCUGGACGCAUGAGUUCCUUUCAGCAGCAGCAACAGUUGCAGCAGCAGCAGGUGUAUCAGCAGGAGCGUGGAGUGGGGGCGCUUGGGUUCGCAGUGGUGGAAGACGGUAGUAUUGAUGAGAGUGACGUGGCGGAUGCUGCUGCCAGCCUGGCACAGCUGAGCCAGUUGCAGCACGAGUAUGCGGAAUUCAGCAGUACAGGUCGAGGUGGGACUGCUAUGGGCGGUGCUGGUGGCGGUGCAGGUGGAGCAGGGGGCGGCAUGGGCAGUGCAUGGGAGCAGCAGGUGGAUGAGCUGGUGGGGACGCGGUCAAACCGCACUGCACCACUCCAUGUGGGGCUUUGCGAUGCUGCCUCUCCUGCUGCGCUCACAAACGGGCGAGUGGGGUCACUGCAGCGAACAGGCAGCGGGGGCAUGUGGGGGUAUGGGUCUGGCGCUGUACGGAGUGCAGCAGCAGCAAGCAGCGGGGGCAGUGGAAAGUGGAGCACAAUGCAUGUGACGGGCAUCCAGGGCAGCAUGCACGGGCCUGCCAUGCCCCCACAAGACUUACCAGACCUGGCAGACCAAUGGCUGGCCGCUACUGCUGUCAGCAAGGGGGGAAAGUCCAGCAACCCAGGCUGGCAGCAGAUGCAGCAGGCACAGCAGGCGCAGCAGCAGGAGAAGCAGCAGGGAAGGCAGCACGAGCGAUCAGUUCCUCUGAUGGGAGCAGCAGCAGCAGCGGCAGAGGAGGCACGGGUGGAGGCGGUGCAGGUGUGUGUGCAGCGCUUGCUACGGGUGGACGGCAGCGACUGGCUCUUCCGCUUUGACACCGGCCCCGAUGAGGACCUCAUCGCCGCCCUCGCCCUCCGCGACCGCAAGCUCGCCGCCUCCUCCGCACUCUCUGCCCGCAUCUCCCCGCCCGCUCUCGCCCACGCGGCCGCUCACCACGCGCAUUCGCACAGUGGGGGCGGCAGGGACGGGGAGUGGGUGCUGCCUGCGGGAGUGUGGGGGUGCGGGGAGGGGUGUGUGUGGAGCGGUGCGCUGGUGGUGUCGUUUGGAGUGUGGUGUGUGCACCGGGUGUUGGAGCUGUCACAGCUGGAGAGCAGACCAGAGCUCUGGGGCAAAUACACCUACGUGCUCAAUCGCCUGCAGGGAGUUUUGGACCCUGCAUUUGCGCACCCGCGCCCGGUGCUGGUGCUGUGUGCCUGUUUUGGAGAGGCAGCGGGGCAGCCAGCGUUGGCAGCACAGCGGCUCUUCCAGGGGCUGCUGGCCGGCUCCCUCUGGGGCACACAAAUCCCCCUCGCCAGCCCCAACUGGCCCUUCCCCGGCCCGCCAGGCCACCGGGGGCCGGCGUGUGCUGCUCUCUUUCUCGACCGCAUUCGCGAGGUGGAGGCGGCGGUGGGGGGGCGCAAGGGCAGGACCGGCACGGUGGCGGGGGAUGUGGCGUUUCCCAAGGGGAAGGAGAACCUCUCGUCGGUGCUGAAGCGGUACAAGCGGCGCCUAGGCUUUUUUGCCAAUGCUUAG